CAGCGUGUAGUAGCAACUUACUGACAUCAUUUACGGGUGCAAAAACAGCGGCGGUAGUCUGAAAGCGAGGGAAUGCUUUUGCACACAACUCUGGUGAAGCAAGCUCUCGCUGCGACAAUUGUUGCUCGCUAGGCGCCUACCGAACCUUUCUUUCAGAGGAAGGAAGCCUGGGCACUCCGACGGCUGAUCGAGUUUACGCGGCACAAGGAACGACCAGACAGCGCCACCUACAAACUCACGCUCUGGACCGCCUGUUCAGUGACAUUGUCGGCUACAAAAACGAAAUUCGAAAUUUAACGAAUUCGUUAAUAUGGACCGGGAGUCGCAGCAUCUGAAAAUUCCCUGCGGAGCGGACAACGAUAACAGGGAACACGCUGAAACCGAGUCAGGCUUGGAGGACAGCAGGCUUCCUUCGGAGUUAUUGGAUAGCCUGGAGCGACAAGAUACCACGCGGUCCCCAGAGGUCUGCGCAGAAAAAAGUGGUGGCGCCUACCAAAUGGAAGAAAUUGAGAGGAACGCUGUGGCCGAUGUACCAGAAGGAACAGGGCCUCGGACAAAUGUGCACGACUGUCAAGGCACUGGACUAGUAGGAACCACCGGUGCUGCCCGCACUGACUCGUCUAGAUCCGAGGACGGCCAAGAAAGUGCUUCUAACGUGGAGCGUGAACGUAGGCAGCAGGAAGGGAGCACUCCUGAAGGGAAUGCCUCCAUGGCAGCAUGUACUAAACGAACAGAGGCAGAUAAGUGCUUCACGAUAUCGACUGACAGAGAUCCUUCCAGACAUGUCUUGGAUGGGGAGCCCGUCGCCGACAAGACUACUGCUCGAUCGAAAAAUGACUUGGCUCAAACUGCACAGAGCGCGAGCUGCGGCGAACUGGGCACCACUGGGAACAGGGCGAAUGGUGAUAAGAAAAGUAAGUGUACGGUGGGAAACGUUCAAUUAGUCGACGCUAGUGCUGGGGACGCGGCGAAUGCAGAGGCUGGCAGUUUGGAAUCAAAGGCGAGCGAGAAGCAAAGCAGCGUGCAAGGCCGCUGGUCUGCUUGGAAUCAGUACAUCUCUCACGAACUCAGUAUGCCCGUGCGGAGAAGGCCGCCGCAAGAGGCAGCCGGGCCACCGCUAUCGCUUACUGCGGUUGGGCAGAGGCUGCUUCAAGUCUUCCGAGAGAGGCAAGAGACCGCGCAGAGCAUUGCUCGAGAGCGCAACGAAGAAAAUUACAGUGUCAUGCAGGAAAUGCUGCCCGAGUUGCGUGUGCCUGGACACAAAACUCUUCAAGAAUGCCAGGAAGAGCUUGCACGAGCCACUGCGAUGACUCCGCAGGAAAGUGAGGAUGGGCAGCCACAAGCAGCUGCAACAGUUCCGCAGAAAUGUCAGGACAAGCCGUCCCGGCUAACUACAAUGAUUCCUGAGGGCUUCAUGGAGAUUAUUCCAGGACCCGCUCCAACGAUUCCUGUUGGCUGCCAGGACAUGCCGUCGCGUCCCCAUCCAAGAGUGCCUGAGGAUUGCCAGAACACGCUGUCCCAUUCCGCUUCACUGAUAACUGCGGGUCUCAGGGAGUCUUCAAAUACUUCCACAGCAAUUCCUAAGGAUAACCAGGACGACACGCCAUGGCCUUCUGCAACGAUUCCUGAGGACCGCCAGGACGAGCCGCCGCGACCAACUGAAGCAGCUCUUGCGGGGUUUCGUGCCGUACCUCCAAGGACAACUGCAACGAUCCCUGAUUAUCGCCAGGGUAAGCGGUCGCGACACUCUCCACCGCCACCAGCGCAAGUCCGUGAGGAGCAAUUAGUUUCCGCUUUCAAUGAGCAGGCAUCAGCUUUUAAUCUUAUUCGGCAGUCCCGUGCGUCGGCUUUCUCGGUUUUCCGGAAGCUUGACUUUGAAAAGAAGCCUUCGCCUCUUGCAGUAGCGUCCGCGUCCACCGUCGACCUUCCCCGCGAAAAUCCUACUUCGGCCAAGAAAGCAGGGCAUCCGGUAGUGAAGUGUAUUGACUUUUCUCUAAAUAUUUCUCCGAAAAAAGAAACUGCUUCCCAUCAACGCGCAGUCGCAAAGCGUAGCUUGAGUAGCGACUCCGACACAACUGACGAGACGUCCUCCGUUCGGCCUCCCGAAUCAAAGAGGCGUGCAGAGGAAGCAUUACGUGUAGGAGAGCAGCAAGAUACUUCUGAUGAUAGUAUUCCAACCCCUCAAGCUCUGUCACAUCAGAGCGCUUUCCGAGCGAUUGAAACGGCUCCCGUAGCAGGCACGUCAGGAAUGCAGGGUUCAAUAUCGCGUCCGGUGCCUAUGCGAGUACAGCAGGCUGCAAAAAAGCCGUCGACGGGACCCUCGGAAGGCACCGCUGUGGGCAAGCAGCCACAAUUGAUUGUGCAGUCGAGUACAAGUGCCUCAUCGUCGUCAGAUAGUGGUGUCACUGCGAGUAGCGACAGCUCGAGCACCGAUAUGGACGCGUUCUCGGCGCCCUCGACUAGUAGCUCUGCAACUACCGGUGACAGCGAGCAUCAGCCUAAAGAGGAGGACAUAUCUUCAACAAGUGAUUCGGACGGUUUGAAAACCGCCGCAGGCUGGUUCAGAGGUACCAAGGCACAACGCAAUGUGAAAGAUGGGAGUGAGCCUAGCCGUCGUACCUCUGUAGUUGAGAAAAGUAGCGCAGUUACGGAGAGCGGUGACACCGAGACUGACAGUACUAGCCCCGCUGGAGUGAAACGAGGAGGACCAGAUCAUCCGGAUACUUUAUUCGCGCUGACCAACCGUCUUAAAACUCCAGACUUGAAGGGUAAUCGCUUCGGCGCCAGUCUUACCUGCAGUGACAGCAGUAGCGAAGACGAUGAGCUGAGCCCUAAAUGCUGCAGUAGUGAAAAGAAAGGCAAGAACAAAGGUGCAGCAAGGAGCUUUGCUACAAGGAGCGGCAGCGAGUCACCCACGGAAACCACAGGAGACGGAAAAACAGCUGCUCUAUCCAGCAUUGAAGUUGCUAGGGAUUUACAGGCAGCAUUCGAAGACGGUUGCGCUUCUUGUAGCGGUUUCGGUGCGGAAGCCAGUAGUGCGCUGGCUAGCUCAUCGGUAGAUAGGUCUAGGAACUUGAGCGGAACAGAGAGCAAUAUAUCUACCUGCUCGCGGUAUGGCGGUGCCAGUUCCAGUAGCGGCGACGAGCUUUCGCUGUUCCACUUUUCAUCGGAUGAUGAACCUGCUGCUGAAGAUGUUGAGCCAAGCACGGAAGGGAGUGACGACGUCAUUACUUUCUGAAUGACUGACCGCGAGUCAAGCGAGGCGAGUGCUACAGCACACUCGCAACGGUGCGACUCCUUCCUUUGAAUGAUCAAAUGUGCGAGAGGGCACUCUCCUGACUAAGCGUAGUACAGGUGUGCAGAAUGAAAGACGGGCUGGACUGUGCGAGGAGUGCAGUGCGACAUAGACAAUUGCGAAAACUGCUGUUUCAGUGUGAGUGGUGCUGCAUGGAAUCGACGCUCAGCAAAUAAAUUUUCUACACAUGGU